AUGAUACUGAAGUUGAUUUUGAUAAGCUUACUGGCAGUUAUAUCACAAGCAAAAGUACGGCAGAAGAGGUAUCUUGUAUAUCCCGAUGGUGGACCAGCGAGAACUCAGUUUAUCAUCGGUUUGGGUGUUCCAGUAGAUUUAAAAGAAGCGUCAGUAACAGUUGGCACAGUUAUUAAAUUCCAGUAUGAUUUACCCACAAACAGUACUGAAUAUACAAGCAGAAUUUAUGGCUUUGCCAACACUGUCUCAAGAGAUAUGGAUGGUGAUGUAUCAAAGGCUGAAGAAGAAGAAAAUAAAGGCUAUGAGAUUGAUGCUAAUCUCUCAAGAAAUUUUAAUAUUGUGGACAAUAGUACUUCAGAUGAAAGGUCUGAGGCAGAUAACGAUACUUUGGUUGAUAUCACGUUUGAUGAUAGAAGAAAAAGAUCACUUCUAUAUUCAGAAGGAGGUUCAAUUGAUGAUAUAGAAGGAUCAGAUAUUAAGGCAGAAAUUUCAUUGGAAGAAGCUAUAAGACGCCAAGAGACACUAGAUAAAAAACAUAUAGAAGAAAAUCCGGAGCCUCAAAGAAUGAACCGAUGGGACUUUUAUAAAAUUAUUGAACAUAUGAUUGGAAGGUACGGUUAUUCAGGGAGACCUUGCUUGUUACGAACCAUCUGCGAGGCAGCCGAGGUGCCUUUCACAUACGAGAACGGGUUGCUUGGAGAAAUUGGCCAUAUAUUAUUCACGCCAUCGACUACCAAGGAUGUUCUCUCUCAUCACACAGACAAUGAGUUUCAUGCUGCAGAAAGACUUGGAAGAGACGCUGGUGCGGAUUGUGAAUCAAUGUUCCCUGAAUGCGAGUCUUCUAUCCUGGAUACAUUUACCGGGAUUGGGAUCGACACUUUGCAUAAAUUUGGACUAUACUGA